AUGAUCAACGAGGUUGACGCUGACGGUUUGAAAUUUAUAAAAAGUUUAAAAAAGGAAAAAAAAAAUGAUUCAGGCAACGGAACCAUCGACUUCCCCGAAUUCCUGACGAUGAUGGCCCGAAAAAUGAAGGAUACGGACAGCGAGGAGGAAAUUCGCGAAGCGUUCCGAGUGCGUAGAAUUGAUUUUUAAAAAAAAUUCGAGUUUACAACAGAAUUUAGUUGCGUUUGCUGUGGAGGCUGUUAGAGAAUUGGAGAAUUUUUCUUUAUUUUUUUUUUUUUGAAAUUGGAUAGUCAAACCUUACUUCAUAGUCGUUUGAUGGAGCGUAGAAUUCUCAAAAAUAAGCCCUAAAAAUCAUAAAUUCAACAGGGAAAAAGAUGAUGAAAUUUAUCAAAAAUUGAGUGAAUAAAGCAACUUCAAAAAAAUGAAUGAAAAAAAGUACUUCAGUUUGAAGAAGUUCGACGUAGAUAUAAGAGCUUUAUAAAAAUAAUUAUGAUUAAUCGAAAAUUUUUUUAUUAAGAACGUCUGUAACUGAAACAUAAUGACCAACAUGAUAACUUUCAAGAAAUACCAAGUAAAUUUUUUUCAAAUAUUUUCCAAUUUUCAAAAAGACGGCUGUUUUUUUCAGUUAAGUGUAAUUUGAAAUCUUUUUCCUCUCUGUCACACACGGCCACCCAAUUUGCCACGUCGUUUUUGCGCUGCCUUCCUUUUUCUAAUUAGAAUUUGAAUCGAAUUUUAGCGUGAGAGAAUUUCAGCGUGUGCCGACCGAGGCUCUCGUUUUUCCUUUCUUUUUUUUUUCCUCUCGUCGGAAGCAAAACGAACAAAACCGCAUGCGGUGGGGAAAGGAGAAAAUUUUUUUUUCAGUAAAGCCUCGGUUGUUUUUCCGCUGCGUCCAACGGCGGUUGAAAAACAAGUCGCAACUAUUGGGGUCUUGUAGUUUUUCUUUUCUAUAUUUUCAAAAGGCUGUUGAAAACUGAAGGAAGUGGCGGUGUGAAUAGAGUAAUGGGGCUUUUUUCUAGGAUUUUCGAAAUUUGUAGCAGAAAUUUUAAAGAAACGAGAAAGUUUCGAAAUGGUUUUCAGAUCCUGGAAUCUGUUCAUUUAUCGCUCCAGUUUAAGAAAAAUAAAGUUUGAAAGAAAAAUCUCAGCCAACGCUUAAUUUUGAUCGCAACAACUGGCAUUUUUCUUUAUGCAUUUUCAAGUCGUCUUGCUGACGUUUGUUAGGAUUUUGAAUUCAUGGCCUUUUUGAUCAAUAGGCCUUUCUGGAAAGUUUUUUUUAUUGCUUUUCUAAAAAUGAUGAAGUGAACGGAAGAUUGGCCUUUUCUAAAAAAAGUUCAUGAUUGCUAAAUGAAGUGAAUUCAAUUUAUUCAGACAUCAGAGAAAUCAAAAAAUUAAGUGAAGGGGGAAUUAAAAAAAAAUAGAAAAUCCUUUCAAUUUUUUCGGAAGUUGAUGUUUAUAUAAUGUCAUUCUCAAACUGAUUGUGCAACGAGUAGCGGAGUGUGAAAAAAUAGAUUGAAGGGAUCACAUAAGAGUCUUUAUAUGAUAAAGGGUUUCCAAGCUUCUCCUUAAUCUGAUCAGCUACGCGCAGCAAAAUAAUUUUAUUUCAAGGCAAACGAAUUACACAUAAUCGGAUUAAAAUGAUGAACUCAUUAUUUUAAAGUUAAUUAAAGAACUAGAAGUGAAAGUGAAAGGUGAGAUAAAGUUUAAAUUUUACAGGUGUUCGACAAGGACGGCAAUGGCUUCAUCUCAGCAGCCGAACUGCGCCACGUCAUGACGAACUUGGGCGAGAAAUUGACGGAUGAAGAAGUCGACGAAAUGAUCCGCGAGGCCGAUAUUGACGGCGAUGGUCAGGUCAACUACGAAGGUAUUUUUUCACCUCUUUAUUUAAUUAAUGAUCUUUUCUUUCUUCCAGAGUUCGUCACAAUGAUGACGACCAAGUAAAGCCGUUUGAUCAUCACACUACAAAAAAAUACUGGAGCCAGCUUCUCCGUUAUUUUUUUAUAAUUAUUUUUUUAUUUUUUUGAAUUUUUUUCAAAAAAAUCUAAUUAUGUUUAUGAUUUUUUUGAUUGAUUUUUGAUUUGUGUGUUCUUUCCCCCAUUACUUGUUCUUCCCCACCGACCCUCUUCCUUUGUUCUCGCUUGGCAAGCCACCAACAUCACCCACAUACACAUGUACGCAUAAAUGCACACAACGGGCCUCUGUAUCGCGCUCGGAUUGUUCUUUUGGGAUUUCCUGAAUAAACUGUCCACGAUAAUAUUUUUUGCAAAUACUUUUUUUUCGAUCCUUUCUGUGGAAAAUACACUUUUACUGGGAUAACUUGUCCGUAUUUCUGUGUACCUGUCCGUCUUUUAUGUGUGCGUGUGGGAGUGAUUUGGGGAAGAGGUUUUUCUUUCUCUCUUCAAAACGAUCCCAGAUUGUGAUCAGCCUUGGAAAACUAGGAAUGAUCCGCAAAAACUUUGGGAACUUGUUUUUUGUGUUAUUUUUUCGCGGAUAUACGUCCUUCCCUACUUUCACAGCGUGUUGUUUCGGUUUUCCAAUAUACCUGUUUCUUUUUUUUUUCUCUCAACAUCACCUGGUAAUUAUUCGUCUUGGCUUUCUUCCCUUCUUUUUGACCGCUUUCCGGAUCUCCGACCAAAAAUAAACGAAUCCAAAAUGUAUCUUUUAACAUGCUUUUUUCGUCCAAAUAUCGUGAAAAGCUGUCAAAAAUCACACACAAAAUGCGGCUCAUUUGAUGUUCCUAUCGUCUAAUUCUUGUCAGAGAAACUUCCCAUAUACAUUCAUUGAUACAUUUAGCGAUGUAAUAUAAUAUUAUCCUAUUUCUCCACAUUUUAAAAUGUAUUUGCUUCCUUUGUUUCAAAAGUAAAAUAAGCAACAAAAAAAAAGUCGCAAAUCUUUCCCAUUCUUUCGCUUCGUUUCCGAUUCUCUCCGCUGUGUACAAUUCCACGUAUAUUUUUUCGUGUGUUUGUUCGCAUAUGAACUGACAGAAUAUAUAUGGACAUAAAAUGAAUUGGCUAAUCAGUCUUUUGUUGUAAUUUUCUUUCAAAAAGCGCAGAAAAACCGUAUCAAAACUGAACAGAAAGUCGUCUCGCACAACGUCUCAGUUCUGCUUACCCCCCUUCACCUUGUGCGUUUGUACGUUUUUAGGAAAACAUUUCAAAAUGAAUCCAAUGUUUGAAAAAAUAAUUGAAAGAGGUAGUUUAGAAAAUAUAUUCUUCAUUGAUAUCGUUAAAAAACCUUCUAUAAGUUCAAUUAAAAUGAAUAGAAACACUCUACGAAAGUUAUGAUUCAAAAAAUGCACUAGAAAGUUUGAAAAAAAGCAGGUACCUGUUAAUUUACAAUUUUAGUAAGGGCGGCUGGAGUUGA